GAAUCGACACAAGAUCAGACAAAACCGUUUUAGCAUUUGAGCAUCUUUGACAACACGAGUGUCCCUACUGCAUCUGUGGACAUGGCGAAGGACGUGCAUCGUGUGGCUAGUGUCAACGACACGCGUGUGCUGAAGACCGUGGAUGACUCCAAGUUCGCGUCGCUCUCUAAGGAAGACGCGGCUCGGGCGGCUGCACCGGAAUUGGAUUCCCGCCGGAAAACAUUUCCAGUGCGUACAGGGCUGGCGGCCGCUAGUCUUUUUACGCUGGGCUCCAUUCUCAUUUACGUGAGCACACUCAUUGGACUGGACGAGGAGAAACGCGGAUUAUCCUUCCUCAUCCUCGGACUCAUCGGUAAUAUGCUCACUAAUAUUGAUAUUGCAGCGCUUUGCUGAGGCUAUGGUGUUUUCUGUUGCUGCAGCCUUCAUUCCGGGCAGCUAUGCGACCUACCAGCUCUACGGUGCGUGGAAGGGCUGGAAGGGCUACAACUACGACCAGAUCCCGUCCUAUGACGAUUAAGCACCGGAACUUCCGGCAUAACUUUAGUUAUGGAAUAACCUUCUUCAUCUAUUAAUAGCGUCAAUCUGUAGCUCUUCAACCACCGUAAAUGAAUCUCAACCACCUUUUAUUUAGGGUAUCUGCUA